GGUAGCUUGUUGCUGGGGCUGGAGUCUGUCACUGUGCCAGCACCAUGGUAUGGUCUGUGGCCUGGGCAGGUUUGAUGGUGCUGCUGAUGAUCCAGUGGGGCUCUGCUGCAAAACUGGUCUGCUACUUCACCAACUGGACCCAGUACAGAGAGGGGGCUGCUCGCUUCUUGCCCAAGGAUGUGGACCCCAAUCUGUGCACCCAUCUCAUCUAUGCCUUUGCUGGCAUGAACAACCACCAGCUCAGCUCCACAGAGUGGAAUGAUGAGGCGCUAUACAAAGACUUCAAUGGCCUGAAGAAGAUGAAUCCCAAGCUGAAGACACUGCUGGCCGUUGGGGGCUGGAACUUCGGCACUCAGAAGUUCACGGAAAUGGUGGCUACAGCCAACAACCGACACACCUUUGUCAACUCAGCCAUCAGGUUUCUGCGCAAAUAUGGCUUUGAUGGCCUUGACCUUGACUGGGAGUACCCAGGAAGCCGAGGAAGUCCCCCUUCAGACAAGCAGCGCUUCACAGCCCUGGUGCAGGACCUAGCCAAUGCCUUUAAGCAGGAAGCCCAGAUCACAGGGAAGGCACGCCUCCUACUGAGCGCAGCUGUCUCAGCAGCACGAUCCAGCAUAGAAGCUGGAUACGAGGUGGAUCAAAUUGCUCCGAACCUGGAUUUCCUCAGCCUCAUGGCCUAUGACUUCCAUGGCUUGUGGGAGAAGACCACCGGGCAUCAUAGCCCCCUCUACAGGAGGCAGGGAGAGAGCGGGGCAGCAGCUGAAUUCAAUGUGGACUCUGCUGUGCAACAGUGGCUGCAAAAAGGGACUCCUGCCAACAAACUGAUCCUUGGUAUGCCCACCUAUGGACGGUCCUUUACCCUGGCCUCCUCACUGGACACUGGGGUAGGGGUCCCAGCCACAGGGCCUGGAGCUCCUGGCCCCUUCACCAAAGAGGGAGGACUGCUGGCCUACUUUGAGGUCUGCUCCUGGAAGGGGGCUUCUGAGCACAGAAUCAAGGAACAGAAGGUGCCCUAUGCCUUCCAGGGCAACCAGUGGGUGGGUUUUGAUGACACGGAGAGCUUCAAAACCAAGGUGAGGUACCUGAAGCAGAAGAGACUGGGCGGGGCCAUGGUCUGGACACUGGAUAUGGAUGACUUUGCUGGCUCCUUCUGUAACCAAGGACGAUACCCCCUCAUUAAGACACUGCAGUUGGAGCUGAAUCUUCCCUACAUGCCUUUAGGCCCACCAGAGCCUGAAGUUCCAGCACCAGACCAGCCCUCUGAAGCUGAGCAUGGCUCCAGCUUUGGACAAGACAUUUUCUGCCAGGGCAAAGCUAAUGGUCUCUACCCCAACCCUCUGGACCGGUCCAGGUACUAUAGUUGUGCAGAGGGGAGGCUGUUCCAGCAAAGCUGCCCAAAGAGCCUGGUGUUCAGCUCCUCUUGCAAAUGCUGUACCUGGAAUUGAGUCUCCAAGGCCCUAUAGACCCCAGCACCUGGGUAAGCACCCAGGACCACUCCACAGCCCACUUCCCCAGCUCUCCGUGGCUUCUUGUGACUUUCCAAAUUCAAGCUUUCUGUUCUCAGUCAUGGGUUACUGGGCUGCUUAUUUUUGGUAAAAAUAAAUCUUUGGUUUACAUCCAA